AUGACAGGUAAUCCCGAAUCAUCCGUUCGGCGCGCGUGCGAGAGCUGCCGGCGGAAGAAGACGAGAUGUACUGGGGAACGACCUGUGUGCUCUUUUUGUGAGAGGCUGAAUCAGCCCUGUGAAUAUCUACCGAGGAAUCGAGAGACUGUGAAGCGAAGGAGGAGGACUUCCAGAGCACAACCGGGAUCGAGGGAUCGUGUUUCGAGUGUUGAGAAUCGGGGUGAUGAGAUAUACGAGCUUAUCCACCAUCCUCAAGCUGCCUCGUCAAGCAAUGGCUCAGCCUUGACUCCGGACUCCCUCCCGAGGCAUACAAACAGGUCUGGAUCUUUCGUCGAAAGCGCUUCAAGACGAUUGAACAGAGUGAGCAUCAAUGAUGAAGUCUCAGUAUCCUGGCUCCCUACAGCAACAGAGGCAAGACCAUCGCCAGAUUCACUCGACCAUGCCGUAGAGGAAUAUCGAAGACGGUUAUACUUCCAGCCACUACCUCUCUUCAAUCCAGAAGGGCUGAGAGAUCGGAUCGAGAGGUUCCCCAUGUUUCUCCAAUGGAUCUUCUUAGCACUUGCGCUUUCAAAUCUCCCUUAUGAUUCGAGUAGUGCGAAGGAAGCUGACUUGAUUCACUCUCAUGCGAGGUCUGCGCGAGAUAUGGUGCUCGAACUCGCCAUGCGAGGAACAGCCCAGUUGGAAAUCUCACAAGCUCUAUGUCUCCUUGCUCUGGGUGACAUCCUCGGUACCCACCCCGCCCUCUCCGAUCACUACAGCACUAACCCAGCUACAGAGGGAAGACCAGCAUUGGCUUUAAUGACAAUAGGAGCAGCCAGUAGACUCGAACUCGUCCGCGGAGCAGGUUACUCUGAGUCCCCUCACAAUCCCCAAGGCGACGCCAGCCUCAGAUGUUACUGGAGUGUCUUCAUCCUCGAAAAAGGCUUCGCUCCUCGUUUCACUCUCCUCUCUCAAACCCACACCAAACCAGACUAUCCUCGCAGCGCAAGAGAGCCCUCACCACCGGCAUAUCUAGGCGAUGAAGAAUACGCGCCAGAUCUAGAAAAUAUUCGCGACGAUUUGAGAACAGACCCCGGGAUAACAUCACAUGCUGUACGCGCUGUAUCGUUCUGCGGCGACGUUAUCUCGUAUCUUCACGCGCUGCAUAUCGGAAAGGCUGAUAACCCUGCUGAUACAAAUUCCAAUUUUUACCAAUUGACGAAUACACUAUAUGAUCUCGAGUCUAGACUCGGUCAUGUACAUUUCGUUCGCAACGUGGGCUUUUCGGAACGAACACCAGAGGAGUUCGAAAGACAUCGAGAGUACUGGGCCCCAUGGCUCCUCUUUCAAAUCACAGCGCACGCAACACAAGGAUUAUUGAACCACCCAUUCAUACACCUCGUCACCCUCCGAAGAGCAAACCGACCUUCUCAACCAAGACUGUUCCUCCAACAAACUGUCGAUCAAGCUAUGUUUCACUCAGCUUGGGUAGCGCGCUUAGUCCAAACAUGCAUAGAUCGUGGAUUAAUGGUGUAUGACCCAUUAAUAGGCGAUUUAGUCGCUGCGACGGCGACAAUACCGUGGCUUUUCCAGUAUGCGAGGGACGCGAAAGUCUCAGAAACUUCAAAGGAGAAUUAUAGAAAAUGCAUCGAGUUUCUAGAAUCGAUGCCUGAUCCUUCGCCAAGAAGCAUACACAAGCGAGAACUCUUACAUCAGUUGCAAACAAUGUCGAGUCAAGCACAGGAUAACAACAUGAUUAGUUUUCAGCCCUCCAAGAUCUGGCAGCUCAUCGACUCAGACAUCAUGGACGCUGUGGCACCGCAGCCUACGACUGAUGGUACGCAUGGCGGCCAAUCUGAUGCUUCAAAGACAACUGUUAGUGUGCAAACGACUUUUGUUCACCCUGUUGGUGAAAGGCGAACGGAUCAACGACAGACUUCGCUGGGCGAUUCGAUGACUGCUGAUAUUUACGAAGGCUUGGAGCAGUAUUCUCUCGAUAGUAUAUUCUCGCAGCCAAUGUUUAUCGACCAUGCAUGGCUGCAUGUAUAA